CGCCUCCCCCUCCUCAGAGCUCCCAUCCAAAAAAAAUUAAUAAUAACCAGAAGCACUCCUAUUACAGCACCAGCACUAGCAUUACUCAUUCAUUCAAGUUCAGGCACUCUCACAGCAAUAUUUAAGGGCUUCUGCACCUCCGUCUUACAGAAUCUUCUCUGCUUGGUACUCACUACACAGACCUUUCAGACGAGGAGAGGCUGAAACUUCCAAGGAAACUGCUCGUGAAUCCUACCCAAAGAAAUGUUUUCCUUUCUGUUUAUUUUUCUCUCUCUCUGGUCUUUCUCAGCUACCCAGAAUGAAGAUGACUAUGAAGAUGUCUUCUACCUAAAUUUUGACAAUGAAAUAGAAAUCCCUCCAACAGAAGACACUGUGUCCUGCGAUUGUCAAAGAGAGCACACGGAAUGGGACAAGCUCUUCAUCAUGCUCGAGAACUCACAGAUGAAAGAGAAUAUGUUGCUCCACUCCCUGGAUGAAAUCCUUAAGGUGGAGCUGCAGAGACUGAGAGGUGAAAUGCUCCAGCUUGUGGAGAACUUUUCUAGUCGUUGCAUCACAUCCACCGAGCAAGCCACCUCCCUGAUUUCAAACCAACUGGACCAGAUGCUGGCAAGGAAGAACCAAGAAGCUGAGGACCGGUCUGUGAUGCUCUGUGAAUCAGAGCAAGGCAAAGUCCUCCAAGAGAUUCUACAGCUGAAUCGAAAUGUGUCCAACCGACUCAGCCAUCUGGAACACGCUUGGCAAAGGAGAGAAGAGCUGGAUAUUCAGCAGAGGAGUUUGCCGGAGAAAGACUACAUGACGAGAGGAGACAAUUUCAUUCUGAACUCACUCUGGCAAGAGCUGCAGGAAACAAAAGCUGAACUGAAGGAAUCCCACAAAAAGAAAACACAGAACUUACUGCCAAUUGGUUGUGAGACAGCUCUUUUAUUCCCAAUGCGUUCCAAAAAGAUCUUUGCGAGUGUUCAUCCAACAACUGAAAUGAUGCUCUCUUCCUUUACUGCCUGCAUGUGGGUCAAAGCGACUGAAAUGCUUGACAAAACUAUUGUUUUCUCAUACGGAACCAAGAGAAAUCCUUAUGAAAUCCAGUUUUACCUUAGCUAUGAUUCUGCAGUUCUUGCUGUGAGUAGUGACCUGAACAAGAUAGUUGCCCCAAAUGUCAUUUCCUCUGGACAGUGGACUCACUUUUGUGGCAUUUGGAACUCGGUUAAUGGGAAUGCAUCCUUGUUUAUAAAUGGAAAGCCAGUGAAGGCCUCCUCAGACAUAGCUGAGGGACACAUCAUUCCAAACGGUGGAAUUCUACAGAUUGGCCAAGAAAAGAAUGGCUGCUGUGUUGGAGGUGGUUUUGAUGAAUCUUUAGCUUUCUCUGGAAAAAUAACUGGCUUUAAUAUUUGGAACAGAGUCCUAAGUGAAAAAGAGAUAACGAGGCAGAGCGGAGAAGAAUCGUGCAACAUCCGUGGCAGUGUAGUUGGUUGGGGGGUUACAGAGAUUCUGCCCCAUGGAGGAGCUCAAUAUGUUUUCACUUUUUGAACAAAUGCAAGGAAUAUCCUUCCAAACUAUAUGAACAAA